AUGUCCGAUUCCAAUCAAGACAAACCUCUCCUCGUCAUCGGGGCCGGAUGCGGUCGAACCGGAACGGCUAGUUUAAAACGAGCACUGGAAAUACUCCUGAAGCGUCCGUGUUAUCACAUGUUUCAAAUGAUCGAUCAUCAUCCAGAUCAUCCAGAGAAAUGGAUCGAACUGGACAGGCAAAUAACCGAAUCGAAGCGUCCGGGUGGUUCGCCGGUAGACAUACAAUUGAUUCGACAACUUCUGCAUGGGUACGGUGCAGCGGUGGAUUUUCCGGCAGCGGCUUAUUAUUCGUACAUCAUGCAAGCUUAUCCGGAUGCAAAGGUAAUCUUGACAGUACGCGACACACGAAGUUGGAUUCAGAGUGCCCGUUCCACUAUUUUCGCCCAUGACAAUUAUGAUCCCCCAUGGUAUGUACGAUGGUUUCCCUCUUUUGUUACCCCUCAUGCCACAGACAUAGUGGCACAGCGUUCAUUUGAACACACCUUCGGUGGGAAUGUGUUCCAAAUGGACGAUGAACAACUCGGUCGAGCAUUUGAUCAAUGGAAUUCGGACGUCCAGUCCAAAGUCCAGCAAGAACGUUUGCUAGUGUUCCACGUGCAAGACGGAUGGGAACCGUUGUGCAAAUUUUUACAGUUGGACAUUCCGACCGAAUCGUUUCCAUAUGCGAAUGACCGUGAAGAAUUUCAGCGACGAGUUAAUCCCUCUGGUCGUUCUCCGGUCGUUAUCGGACUCGGUGUGCCAGUUGUGUUGGCCAUGCUCACUGUGGGAAUUGGUGUCCUUCUGCACCACAGAUGA